AUGGCUGCAGCCAGCGGCGAGGGGACAGCAGGGACCCGGCUGCUGCCAGCUGGCACUGCCCUGGCCCUGCUCGGUGGCCUGGUCUACCUGGGCACCCUGUGUGCUGCCUGCAAACGGAAGGGCAGGAAGAAGGUCGCUCCGGACGGGGUGAAGCUCGUGGAGGAGGCCCUGCUCUGCCAGACACAGCUGCGCUCACUCAGCAAGUCGGACACGAAGCUGCACGAGCUGUACCGGGUGAAGGUCAGGGAUGUCCAGCGUCCGGCCAGCCUGGAUCUCCCCGGUGCCAUGGCCCCUGGGGGUGAAUCCCUGCACAGCUCUGGCCUCCUGCACCGUGAGCUGCCCCAGAUCCCCGUCCCUGAGCCCCCGGCCACCUCCCCAGCCCCCGACCAGACCUACUCCAACCUGCUCUUCACCCCUCUGCGCAAACCGGCGCCAGACGCUGUCUAUGAGUGCCUGGCAGUGGGGGACGAGGGCACCCCGGUGCCCCCCAGUGUCACCCCGGUGCCCCCCAUGCCAGCUGGCACCCAGCUGUCCCCUCCACGGGCUGGGCACGGCGCAGCUGAUUACGCCUGUGUCCAUAAAGUGAAGAAGGUGGUGUCGGUGGAGGUGCAGGAUGGGGCUGUGGCAGGACCCUCUGGAGCACAGCACGGCUGGGAUGGCACAGGCAGUGCCCCUCAUGCCAAGCUGGAGGAGAUGUAUUCAACAGUGUGCAAAGCCACCAAGAAGAAAUCCCAGGUCCCUGCAUCAACCCCAAGGGCUGUGAAGGACGGGGGGUCUGGAGAGCCAACCCCCUGCCAGCAGGAGGGGGCCCCAGCAGCCCCAGGCCCCCCUGACCCCUGUUAUGAGUCCAUCAAUGACAGAGCAUGGACUGUCCAGGCCCGUGGCCCCGAGCCUGACUACGAGGCUGUGGACAUUCACUGGAAGAAGGCAGCAAAAGGGGCCAAGCCAGGGAAGGGCUGUGUGCCUGAGAACCUCUACGAGAGUGUGGUGGAUGUCUGGGCAGGGGGGUCCCAGAAAGGCUCUGCCCGCACAGCAGCCAAUGGGCUGCAGGUUUACAUCACCAACCUAUAGCCCCCAGGAGCAGGGGCAGUGCCACAGGGGAGCCCACCUGGCUGGGCACCACUGGGUGCCAAAGGGACAGGUGCCAGCACCCCUGUGCCCACCCUGUGCCCUGCACUCACUCUCUGUACAUAUUUUCUGUUAUUUUUCUAUGAGUGUCUUUGUCCCAUUCCAGCCCAGCUGGUGCCAGCAGUGGUGGGAUGUCCCAGCAUGGGCAGUUUGGGGGUGUUGGGUGGGACCCCAGUGAGAGAGGGCUGGCACUGGCACCAAGAUGGGAACAGGGUGGGGACCAGUCACAUUUUGGGGCAGGGGGGUGACGGAGCUGCAGCCAGCCCCCUGCCUUGGGCUGCAGGAUCAGAUCCCCAUCAGGAGGUUUCUGCCAUGCCUGAGGGUCUCUGUGCUCCUCACACUGCCUGGGGGAGAGCAGGGCCUCCUCCAGCCCCCAGGAAACCCUGAGAAGCUUUGCCCCAAAUCACAGAAUAUCCCUUGUUAUGGGGAGAUGGGGUCAGCCCUGUGCCUCCAUGGAAUCAUAGAAUAUCCAUAGUUG